CAUACGUAAAGGAAAAUCACCGUACAGACAUGGUGAUUCUGUGACAUUUAGCUGUAAAGCCAACUUCUCCAUGAAAGGAAAUCAAUCUGUUUGGUGCCAAGCAAACAAAAGCUGGGGUCCAACACCACUGCCCACCUGUGAGAGCGAUUUUCCUCUGGAGUGUCCAUCACUUCCCCAGAUUUCCAAUGGAUAUCACACAGGGAAAAGCAGCAAACACUUCGUCCCAGGAUUGUCUGUGGCUUAUGGUUGUAACUCUGGCUACUUGCUCCAAGGACCAAAGACGAUUAUGUGCUUGUCUUCAGGCCAGUGGAGUGCUGCCAUUCCUGUGUGCAAAGAGGCACAGUGUGACCCUAUAGGACAAUUUCCCAAUGGGCAGAUCACUGAACCCCCAAGUCUUCGGGUUGGUGCAACUGUGACGUUUUCCUGUAAUGCAGGGUACAGAUUACAAGGCCAGCCCUCCAGUCAGUGUGUGAUUGCUGAACAGAGAGCUACAUGGACCAAGAAGCCAAUAUGCAAAGAAAUUCUUUGCCCACCACCUUCUCCUAUUCUCAAUGGAAGACUCAGCUCUUCAAUGAAUGUUUCAUAUGGAAGCACCGUAACUUACACUUGUGACCCAGGCCCAGAGGAAGGAGUGACCUUUAUCCUUAUUGGGGAGAAGACCAUCCACUGCACAAUGAACAGUCAGAAUAUGGGGACCUGGAGUGGUCCUGCCCCACACUGCAGACUUUCUACUCCUGCGCUUCAUUGUCCUCAUCCCCAAAUCCUAAGAGGUCAUAUUUUUUCUGAGAAGAAAGAUCAGUAUUCUUAUAAUGACACAGUGAUAUUUGAUUGUAAGCCUGGCUUCACCUUGAAGGGCAGCAGGAGAACCAGAUGCAAUGCCCAGGGCACAUGGGAGCCGCCAGUACCAGUCUGUGAGAAGGAAUGUCAGGCCCCUCCUCAGAUCCCCAAUGGACAAAAGGAAGAUCAACAUACUGUCCGGUUUGUUCCUGGCACCUCCAUAAAAUAUAGCUGUAAUCCUGGCUAUACACUGGUUGGAGAAGAGUCCAUCCAUUGCACCCCUGAGGGGCAGUGGACGCCCACUCUCCCCCAGUGCAAAGCUACAGAAUGUAAACCAUCAGGACCUCAACUCUUUAAAAAACCUCAGGAUACAGUUAUUAGACCAGCCAUUUAUUCUACUUGUGGUGAAGGGUACCGAUUGGGUGAGAAUGCUUAUCAGCUAUGUCAAGGAACGCCUCCUUGGUAUAUGGAGAUCCAUCUCUGUGAAGAAAUCACCUGCCCACCACCUCCUGUUAUCUCUGAUGGGACACACACAGGGAGUUCCUCAGAAAACGUCCCAUUUGGAACCUCAGUCACUUACACGUGUGACCCUGGACCAGAGGAAGGGGUGCAGUUCGGCCUCAUUGGGGAGCGCACCAUCCACUGCACGAGCCCUGAUGGAGAGAACGGCACCUGGAGCAGCCCUGCACCUCUCUGUAAACUCUCCCUCCCUGUUGCCCAGUGCUCAGAGCCCCACAUUGCAAAUGGAUUCAAGAUAUCCAGAAAAGAAGCCCCAUAUUCCUACAAUGACAGUGUGACAUUAACAUGUCAGAGGGGAUUUAUUUUGAAAGGCAGUGCUCAAAUUCGUUGCAAAGCUAACAACACUUGGGAUCCUGAAAUUCCAGUUUGUGCAAAAGGAGGGUGUGAGUCUGUGGCAGAGAUUCCGGAUGGCUCCCAUGUGGAGCUUGUGAACGCAUCCUGUAGAGAGGGGUACCAGUUGAGUGGAUAUAGUUAUAGGAAGUGCCAAGAUGCCAGGAAUGGAGUCUGGUUUCAAAAAAGUGCACACUGUGAAGCUAUCCACUGCCAGCCUCCACCAGCGAUUGACAAUGGGAGACCCACAGGCAUGCUGGCAAAACAGUUUCAGUACGGACAUGAAGUCUCUUACAAAUGUGACCCAGGAUUCCAUAUUUCGGGAAAGCAGAGCUUGAAGUGCAGAAGUAAUUCUGAAGGACAUGGAUCUUGGAGUGGGCCUCCCCCACAGUGCUUACGAUCGCCUCCUGUGACCCACUGCCCUCAUCCCGAUAUCAAACACGGGCACCCAGUCAACAAAACUCAUUCCGUGUACUCUCACAAUGAUGUAGUGCAUGUUGCCUGCAAUCCUGGCUUCAUCAUGAAAGGCAGUCACUCAAUAAGGUGCCAUACGGAUAACACAUGGGUGCCAAGGGUACCCACCUGUAUCCGGAAGGCUUUCAUAGCAUGUCCGCCUCCACAUGCAGUGCUCAACGGGAACCAUACCGGUGGAAGUGCAACUCAGUUUGUCCCCGGGAUGUCAGUGCAAUACACCUGUGACCCAGGUUAUGUGCUGGUGGGGGAGCCGCUCCUGCUCUGCACACACGAGGGAGCCUGGAGCUCAGCUGCCCCUUACUGUAAAGAGGUGAACUGUAGCUUCCCUGAGAACUCAUAUGGAAUUCAAAAGGGACUGGAGCCUGAGAAGAUGUACCAGUACGGGUCCAUUGUAACCAUGGAGUGCAAAGAUGGGUACACCCUGGAGGGCAGUCCCCAGAGCCAGUGCCAGGACGACCACCAGUGGGACCCUCCUCUGGCGGUCUGCAGAUCCCGUAAGUAUUGUUCUAGGCACAGGAUUUGUUCUCUUGUUGGUUAUUGCCGCCUUAUGUAUGAUAUCAAAACUCAGAGGAGGGCCGACCGACCGAGCACACCUGGGCCCGGCAGGUGCAGCGCGAGAGCCGAGCCCGGAGCGACAGCGCGGGGACGGCGCCACCGAGGGGAAGCUGUAGUCAAAGCCCUGCCGGACCCGGGAGAGGAUCCGGCCACCGCACUGGCUUUCCGCGUUCCUCGAUUCCCUCGGAGGUCGCGCAGGUUUCUGAUGGCCGGGAACAUGUGGCCGCCGGGCGGAGGAGGAGCGCUGCUGGCCACCCUGUUGCUGCUGGCUCCGUGGACCGCCGAGGGUCAGUGUGGAGUCCCGGAAUACUUUGCAUCUGCCAUGCCUACAGAUCCAUUUGAGGAGUCUGAGUUUCCUAUUGGGACAUCUUUGAAGUACGAAUGCCGUCCAGGUUAUUUCAAGAAGAAGUUCUCGAUCACAUGCCAGAAUAAUUCAGUCUGGACAAGUGCCAAGGAUGUGUGUAAUCGUAAGCCAUGUAAAACACCUUCUGACCCUGUGAAUGGCAUGGUAACUGUAGUCUCGGACAUCACAUUUGGAUCUGAGAUUAAGUACAGUUGUAAUCAAGGGUACCGCCUUAUUGGUUCCUCCACCGCCAUGUGUGUGCUCUCGGGCAGUGCUGUUGUGUGGGAUAACGAACCGCCUGUCUGUGAGAGAAUUCCUUGUGAGCCACCUCCAACUAUCGCUAAUGGAGAUUUCUACAGCAUCAACAGAGACUAUUUCAUGUAUGGAGCGGUGGUGACCUAUCACUGCAAUACUGGGACAAGAGGGAAGACCUUUCAGCUUGUGGGGGAGCCCAGAAUAUUCUGCACCAGCAGUGAUAAUGAAGUGGGCAUCUGGAGCGGCCCUGCCCCUCAGUGCAUCCUACCUAAUACGUGCUUACCUCCGCUCGUUGAAAAUGCAGUCAUGGUAUCUGAAAACAAAACUGUAUUUUCCUUAAAUGAGAUUGUGGAGUUGAUGUGUCGGCCUGGCUUCCGCAUGAGCGGCCCCUCCAGCGUGCAGUGCCAGGCCAAAAACAAGUGGGCACCAGAGCUGCCAAGCUGCUCCAUGGUGUGUCAGCCACCCCCCGACAUCCUGCAUGGUCAGUACACUCCAAGCAACCAGGACUUCUUCCCCCAGCAGGAAGUGUCCUACAGCUGUGAGCCUGGCUACCACCUCAUCGGUGCUGCCACUCUGCGCUGCACCGCUCAGGGAGACUGGAGCCCCGCAGCCCCAUCCUGUGAAGUGAGAGUGUGUGACGUCUUCCCAGACCAGCUCCCUAAUGGUAGUGUGCUAUCUCCACUUGAUCUCCAGCCUGGAGCGAAAGUGUUCUUUACUUGUAAUGAAGGGUUUCGACUCGUUGGUAAGUCAUCUGCGAAAUGUAUCAUCUCAGGAAAAGCCACCAGGUGGGACACAGGGCCACCGAUCUGUGAGCAGAUUACUUGUGAUCCACCCCCAACCAUUGCCCAUGGGGAUUUCUUGAGCACCCACAGAGACAGUUUUGUAUAUGGAACGGUGGUGACCUAUCGCUGCAACCUUGGAGAAAGUGGGAUGAAGAUCUUUGACCUGGUGGGCAAGCCGACCAUAUCCUGCACCAGCACCAACAGCCAGGGCAUCUGGAGCGGCCCUGCCCCUCAGUGCGUCGCACUUACUAUGUGCACACUUCCACGCAUUGAAAAUGCAGAAGUGAUAUCUGAGUACAGAACUGAAUUUUCCUUAAAUGACAUUGUGGAGUUUGCGUGUCAGCCUGGCUUCAUCAUGAGCGGCUCCUCCAGGGUGCAGUGCCAGGCCCUAAACAAGUGGGUGCCAGACUUGCCAAGCUGCUCCAUGGUGAAAGCAUGUGACGUCUUCCCAGACCAGCUCCCUAAUGGCCAUGUGCUAUCUCCAGCUGAUCUCCAGCCUGGAGCGAAAGUGUCCUUUACUUGUAAUGAAGGGUUCCGAUUAAGAGGCAGCUCUACUAGUCACUGUGUCUUGGACAACAUGAGAAGCUUCUGGAAUAGCAGCACUCCUGAGUGUGAACAAAUCUUUUGUCCCAACCCUCCAACUAUCAUCAAUGGGAGGUACACAGACACUUUUCUGGGAGCUAUUCCUUAUGGAAAAGAAAUAUCUUACACAUGCAACACCCACCCAGACAGAGGGAUGACCUUCAGCCUUGUUGGGGAGAGCACCAUCCGCUGCAUAAGUGACAGCAAAGGCAAUGGGGUGUGGAGUGGCCCUGCCCCUCACUGUGAACUUCCUGUUCUUUCUGCAUGCCCAUCUCCACCAAAGAUCCAGAAUGGGCGUCACACCGGAGAGCAUGUGUCUUCUUACCUUCCUGGGAUGAAAUUCUCCUACACUUGCGACCCUGGCUUCCUGGUGGAAGGAUCUGCCUUUGUAUUCUGUACAGACCAGAGGACCUGGAGCCGACUUGAUCAUUUUUGCACAAAGGUAAAGUGUGGCCCUCCAAGUGAGAUUAUGAACGGAAUCCUGGAGGUGUUCCAAAUGAGACCAGCGUAUCACUACGGAGAUAAUGUAACUUUGAAGUGUAAGGAUGGGUACGCACUGGAUGGCUCUCCCCACAGCCAGUGCCAAGCCGAUGGCACGUGGGCCCCUCCUCUGGCCAGCUGCACAUCUCGCUCACGUAAUAUUUCUAAACUUGGCAUUUCCUGUGGUGUGAUCUUCCUUAUCUCAGCCAUAGUUGUUUCCUUGUGGAUAUUUCUAAAGUGCAAAAAAGGCACUAACAGAGGUGAAAAAUCUACAGAAGUCACUGUCCAUUUGUAUCCUCCAGAAGGCAACUGUUUAUCCUCAGACUCAGCUCAUGAGCCAGGAAGACAGCAGAGGCCCUCUUCCACACAGUACUAGAAAACUGCUGGCGAACACCUCCGAUUCCGUGUGACUUGGAGAGGAGCCAAUUCAUUUCAACAGUAAGAUAAUCUGAGAUUCUGAAAUCCUUCAAGCGACCCCACGGAGAUGAUGCGAGCGGUCCCCUGAAGCUGCGGAGGCAUUCCCGGCGUGCGUGCGUGCGUGCGUGCGUGCAGCAGAGCGCCCACCUCGGCCUGGCUGGCGAACAUUGCCGAACCUCUCUGCUAGCUGGCCAGAGGAGAAGAUUGCACUUUGAACGUAGAAAAGAGCUUUGUUUACUGACAGGUAGCAAGCUGUUGCCUAGCAGUUCUGGUUUACAAGUCUGUCGUUUUCCUUCCUUAUUGUAAAAUGUUUAUAACUUGAAAUAGUUAAAAUAGUACUUGGAAAAUACAGGGAGAUAU